UUCAGAGUCUGGUUGUGGGAUGACUGUUAUCCAGGACGAGUAUGUUGGACAAACGAUCACUUUCCACUGUGAAUAUGAUGAUAAGUUUAAAUCACACACCAAAGUCUUCUACAGACUGAAAGAGGGUCCUGUCCAUGUGCUGAACAGCUCACAAUCAUCACAAUCAUCUGAGGAGAAGAUCAUUCUGUCUGACAGUCAUGAAGAUCAGUUUACUGUGACCAUUAGAGACAUUUCUGCAGACGACGGAGGAGUUUAUUUAUGUGGAGUGGAGAGAUACGGAUCAGAUCCAUCAAUUACUCACAUAUCCUUCAUUAAAGAGAUUCAGCUGAAUGUUUACAGUCGAAACGCUUCUGUCCAGGUUCAGGCCUACUCCAGUAAAUCAGUCUUCAUCACGUGUAAAUUUCCACAAGAGUUCAGAAGAAACAAGAAGUUCAUCCAGAAAGAUUCAUCACAGAAGAUUAUUGUUGAUGAACAGAAUCAAUGGGUCCGUCAUGAUAAAGUUCACAUGUAUGAUGAUUCCAGUGAAGGACUUCUGAAGGUUUUUAUCAGUGAUUUAACAGCGGCUGAUGAAGGAACGUACAGGUGUGGAGUGAAUAUCACUGAUGAUGAUCUGUUCACUGACGUCAAACUGACAGUAAAUCAAGUUGAUCAUUUUCGUGCAUCAAGUAAAGCAUCUGCUGUCAUUGGUGAAAGUGUGAAACUCACCUGCGAUUUCCCUGAGAAACACGGCGAGACCUUCAAACACAUCUGCAGAGAGAACGAGCAGAAGAUAUGUGAGAACAUCAGUUCAUCAGAGCAGAAACGCUUUGAGUUUUCUGUCAGUUCAGCAGGAGUUUUUACAGCGAUCAUCAGUAAUGUGAGCGAGAGAGAUGCUGGAGUUUACUGGUGUGGAGCAGAAACCAGAGACACACAUCUGACUUCUGUCUCUCUCACCAAUCAACAUCAACUCACUGUGACCAUGCCUCCAGUGGUCGGACGUGAAGGAGAUUCAUCAGAGAUCAAAUGCCCUUAUAAUGCAAAACAUUCAAGAGAAGUAAAGCAUCUUUGCAAAGGAAAGUGUUUCACUAAAGAUGCUCAAAAUAUCAUUCGAUCCAAUGAAGUUAAUAAACCAAGGAUUUCAGCAAAGGAUGAGACUGAACUCAAUCUCUUCACUGUGACCUUGAGUGAGCUGAGAGCAGAGGAUGCUGGGAUAUACUGGUGUGCAGUGAGAGAUGAGUUUAAUCUUCACACUGAACUCAUGAUCGUCAUGAAAGAUGCGGUCACUCGUGAAGCGUCUGUCGGAGGAUCAGUGUCCAUCAGCUGUCAGUUCUUCAGGAAUCACAUGAGGUUUUUCUGCAGAGGAGAUCAGCUGAACAUCUGUGUGCGAGACGGAGUUCGUGUUUCAUCGAAUAAGAGAACAAAUGGGCGAUUCUCUGUGACUGACGAAACCUCAGCUGGAGUCUUUACUGUGAACAUCACCGAUCUGACAGAAGAGGAUUCUGGGAAAUACUGGUGCGCAGAGGAGAGUUCUGGGUCGUUCAUAUUCACUGAAGUUCAUCUACGUGUUAUCGGAGAAACGACGUCAUCUUACACUGAAAGAGAAACAUCCCAGGAUAAAGAAAAGUCUGAAACGACGUCAUCUUACACUGAAAGAGAAACAUCCCAGGAUAAAGAAAAGUCUGAAACGACGACAUCUGACACUGAAAGAGAAAAAUCCCAGGAUAAAGAAAAGUCUGGCUCUUCUAUGAUAGUUGCUGUUUCUGUGGGUUUGAUCCUGCUGGCUGUGUGUUUAGUGCUCGUGUUGCUCAAAAUAAAAUACAACCGCAAACACGGCAUCGGUUCAUCGACUCCAGCACAAUUACCCAUAAUCCCCUCUGAUGGGCUCCUGUGCACGUCUGUCAGUUUCCAGAAGCAUGAAGAGUCUCUCAGUGACGCUGCUCUCGCCUUCAGUAAUGAGGAGAUUCAUUCGGAUUACACCACGGUCAUUUACCACAUCGUGCCAAAUUCAUUUUAGUAUAGCCUAAAGAAACUCUGGGCUAUUUUGAUUGAAAUGUAUUUUGAUUCAUUUGUUUCGCUCAAGCUUCCCCAAACACUUAAUCAGGCCUCUAUUUCUCUAAUUUUAAAGAAAAAUAAAGAUCCCUUGCAUUGCACUUCUUAUCGGCCGAUCAGCCUUCUUAAUGUUAACUUUAAACU